AUGAUGAUUUUUUUAUAUCUCGACCAAAUUCACCACAAAUUUACAAUAAUUUAAAUGAAGAAAGUUUAGAAAAUGAAAAAAAAUCCAAUAGUUUAGAUUAUUUGAGUUCAGAAGCUAAAGAAGAAAUAUUAGGUUCAACAUCAGCUACUGUAUCUAAAAAUAAAACAGUUUUAGAUCGAAAAAGAAUACUUUCAUGA